AUUCACAAUGGAGCUCUUGGUUCUGGUCUCGGCACUGGCUGCAGUGGCAACUGCUGCGCCACAAGGCUACAAUUUGCCUACGCCUGGGCAGCCUGGGCCUGGUGUUCCACUCCCUGCAGCUGCUGGAAUCUCUAGUAGCGGAGGGCAUGGGUCUUUUGAGGAUUCCGGUGAGGGUUUCCUGAUUGGAGGCCCUGCCGGUGGUUGCCAGGACGGAGAGGUUCUUCAUGUUGACGGGAAAUGCUAUGCCCCCGUAGUUACCAGAAAAGUCUUCGUAUACGAGUCUCCUGCUCUCCCUCCCGCCCCCGUCGGUCCACCACCAAGAAUUCCUCCUCCUCGAGUGGAUCAUAACAUCUUAUUUGUUCAUCUUCCUGAGGAUGGACCUGCCCCUGAACCAUUCAUUAUUCCUCCACCAAGGACCGAAAGCGUUGUGUACAUCCUUAACAAGCAGGGUGAACAACAGCAGCGUGUUAUCGAAGUACCUGCCCAUCCUCCGUCUGAUCCCGAGAUUUACUUCGUCAACUAUGCUGAAGGAGAAAAUCCUGCUCUUCCCAUCGGCGUGGAUCUUCAGACAGCUCUCGGCGCUGCUUCUCAGGCCGGAGGUCAAGUCAUCGGCGGUGCUGGUGGACUUGGUGGCGGUGCUGGUCUUGGUGCUGGAGCUGGUGGACUUGGUGGUGCCGGUGGACUUGGCGGAGCCGGCGGACUUGGUGGCGCCGGUGGAUUUGGCGCUGGAGCCGGCGGACUCGGUGGUGCCGGUGGUCUUGGCGCUGGAGCCGGUGGAUUUGGCGCUGGAGCCGGUGGACUUGGUGGUACUGGUGGUCUUGGCGCUGAAGCCGGCGGACUUGGCGGGGCCGGUGGAUUUGGCGCUGGAGCCGGCGGACUCGGUGGUGCCGGUGGUCUUGGCGCUGGAGCCGGUGGAUUUGGCACUGGAGCCGGUGGACUUGGUGGUGCUGGUGGUCUUGGCGCUGGAGCCGGCGGAUUUGGUGGCGCUGGAGCCGGUGGACUUGGCGCUGGAGCCGGUGGACUUGGUGGUGCCGGUGGAUUUGGCGCUGGAGCCGGUGGACUUGGCGCUGGAGCCGGUGGACUUGGUGGUGCCGGUGGAUUUGGCGCUGGAGCCGGUGGUCUUGGCGGAGCCGGCGGAUUCGGUGAUGCCGGUGGUCUUGGCGGAGCCGGUGGACUUGGUGGUGCCGGUGGAUUUGGCGCUGGAGCCGGUGGACUUGACGGAGCCGGCGGAUUCGGUGAUACCGGUGGUCUUGGCGCUGGAGCCGGCGGACUUGGCGGAGCCGGUGGACUUGGUGGUCUUAGCGCUGGAGCCGGUGGAUUUGGCGCCGGAGCCGGCGGACUUGGCGGAGCCGGUGGACUUGGUGGUGCUGGUGGUCUUAGCGCUGGAGCCGGUGGAUUUGGCGCCGGAGCCGGCGGACUUGGCGGAGCCGGCGGACUCGGUGGUGCCGGUGGUCUUGGCGCUGGAGCUGAUGGAUUUGGCGUUAGCUUCACUGGCAAUAGUGGCGAAGAUUUUAGCGGCUUUGCUCAAAGUACUCACUUCGAUGACGGACACUCCGGAGAGGCCCAAGGCAUCUCGUCAGUUGUCGCCACUUCGCCCUCAAGGCAGUACUCGCUCCCUUAGAGAAAGGGAGUUCAUGUCUGACAUAUUCUAUUUAAAAUAUAACUUGUUUUUAUUCUUUCAACUAAUAGUUACGUUUUCUUAAAGUUAUGUUGUAUAUUUUCCUACUAAUAGUUUAUAUUUUCUCUAAAAUAAAAUAUUUAUUUUGA